AUGGCCCCUGUUGGCCUGACGACCCAGAAAACGCGUCUCUAUUUAGUUCGGGUUGUGUCCCUGAAACUUACAGUUCCCGGUGAAGGUUUUUCAUUUCUCCCAUCCCCGUCCCUCCCCACCCCAUCCAUUAAUAUUAUUCUUUUGAAGACUCUUCAUUGUCAAGCCGCCAAAGUGGAGAGUGCGAUUGCAGAAGGGGGUGCUUCUCGUUUCAGUGCUUCUUCGGGCGGAGGAGGAAGUAGGGGUGCACCUCAGCACUAUCCCAAGACUGCUGGCAACAGCGAGUUCCUGGGGAAAACCCCAGGGCAAAACGCUCAGAAAUGGAUUCCUGCACGAAGCACUAGACGAGAUGACAACUCCGCAGCAAACAACUCCGCAAAUGAAAAAGAACGACAUGAUGCAAUCUUCAGGAAAGUAAGAGGCAUACUAAAUAAGCUUACUCCUGAAAAGUUUGACAAGCUAUGCCUUGAGCUCCUCAAUGUGGGUGUAGAGUCUAAACUCAUCCUUAAAGGGGUCAUACUGCUGAUUGUGGACAAAGCCCUAGAAGAGCCAAAGUAUAGCUCAUUGUAUGCUCAGCUAUGUCUGCGAUUGGCAGAAGAUGCACCAAACUUUGAUGGCCCAGCAGCAGAGGGUCAGCCAGGACAGAAGCAAAGCACAACAUUCAGACGCCUCCUAAUUUCCAAAUUACAAGAUGAAUUUGAAAACCGAACCAGAAAUGUUGAUGUCUAUGAUAAACGUGAAAACCCCCUCCUCCCUGAGGAGGAGGAACAGAGAGCCAUUGCUAAGAUCAAGAUGUUGGGGAACAUCAAAUUCAUUGGAGAACUUGGAAAGCUUGAUCUUAUUCAUGAAUCUAUCCUUCAUAAGUGCAUCAAAACACUUUUGGAAAAGAAGAAGAGAGUCCAACUCAAAGAUAUGGGAGAAGAUUUGGAAUGCCUCUGUCAGAUAAUGAGGACAGUGGGACCUAGAUUAGACCAUGAACGAGCCAAGUCCUUAAUGGAUCAGUACUUUGCCCGAAUGUGCUCCUUGAUGUUAAGUAAGGAAUUGCCAGCAAGGAUUCGUUUCCUGCUGCAGGAUACAGUAGAGUUGCGAGAACACCACUGGGUUCCUCGCAAGGCUUUUCUUGACAAUGGACCAAAGACGAUCAAUCAAAUCCGUCAAGAUGCAGUAAAAGAUCUAGGAGUGUUUAUUCCAGCUCCUAUGGCUCAAGGGAUGAGGAGUGACUUCUUUCUGGAGGGACCUUUCAUGCCACCCAGGAUGAAAAUGGAUAGGGACCCACUUGGAGGACUUGCUGAUAUGUUUGGACAAAUGCCAGGUAGUGGAAUUGGGACUGGUCCAGGAGUUAUCCAGGAUAGAUUUUCACCCACCAUGGGGCGUCAUCGUUCAAAUCAACUCUUCAAUGGCCAUGGGGGACACAUCAUGCCUCCCACACAGUCACAGUUUGGAGAGAUGGGAGGCAAGUUUAUGAAAAGCCAGGGGCUAAGCCAGCUCUACCAUAACCAGAGUCAGGGACUCUUAUCCCAGCUGCAAGGACAGUCGAAGGAUAUGCCACCUCGGUUUUCUAAGAAAGGACAGCUUAAUGCAGAUGAGAUUAGUCUGAGGCCUGCUCAGUCGUUCCUAAUGAAUAAAAAUCAAGUGCCAAAGCUUCAGCCCCAGAUAACUAUGAUUCCUCCUAGUGCGCAGCCACCGCGCACUCAGACACCUCCUCUGGGACAGACACCUCAGCUUGGUCUCAAAACUAAUCCACCACUUAUUCAGGAAAAGCCUGCCAAGACCAGUAAAAAGCCGCCACCCUCAAAGGAAGAACUACUUAAACUAACUGAAACUGUUGUGACUGAAUAUCUGAACAGUGGAAAUGCAAAUGAAGCUGUCAGUGGUGUAAGAGAAAUGCGGGCUCCUAAACACUUUCUUCCUGAGAUGUUAAGCAAAGUAAUCAUCCUGUCACUAGACAGAAGUGAUGAAGAUAAAGAAAAAGCCAGUUCUUUGAUCAGUUUACUCAAACAGGAAGGAAUAGCUACAAGUGACAACUUCAUGCAGGCUUUUUUGAAUGUAUUGGACCAGUGCCCCAAACUGGAGGUUGACAUCCCCUUGGUGAAAUCAUAUUUAGCACAGUUCGCAGCUCGUGCCAUCAUUUCAGAGCUGGUGAGCAUUUCCGAACUAGCGCAACCACUGGAAAGUGGCACCCAUUUUCCUCUCUUCUUACUUUGUCUUCAGCAACUAGCUAAGUUACAAGAUCGAGAAUGGUUAACAGAACUUUUCCAACAAAGCAAGGUCAAUAUGCAGAAAAUGCUCCCAGAAAUUGAUCAAAAUAAGGAUCGCAUGUUGGAGAUUUUGGAAGGAAAGGGACUUAGUUUCUUAUUUCCACUCCUCAAAUUGGAGAAGGAACUAUUGAAGCAAAUAAAGUUGGAUCCAUCCCCUCAGACCAUAUAUAAGUGGAUUAAAGACAACAUCUCUCCCAAACUUCAUGUAGAUAAAGGAUUUGUGAACAUCUUAAUGACUAGCUUCC